CAAUUACACACACUUUUUUUUUUAAAGUGGAACGUUCAACAUACAAGUCAUUGUGAAUUAGUUGUUGCUAUAGAAAUUAUAAAACAUUGGAAAGAAUGCAUUGAUGUAAACAUGCGAUUUGCCUUACAGCCAGAAUUACUGUCACAGCUGCCUGUUACGCCACGGCCAGCAGAGGGCACUGGCUCGGGUCCGGACGAGUCACGUGACAUUGUUUUUGUUCGCUCGCUUCCUGAUUGAGCAUUUUGUGUUAAGUGACUUUAAUUUGCCCCAGGUGUCCAUGCUUUGAGUUAAUGAUGUUCUUUAUUUAAAUGCCUGGGUGACUGAGCACUUCGCUCAGUAUUAUACCGUGUCUUUGGUUGAUCCUUGUGAGUAUUGUUUGGAUCAGUAGUUGCGUUUGUUUUCCCAUUCCUCGAAUGUUCUCGUUUCCCGGUGAAGACCGCGUUUACUUUAACCCUGAGCUUGUGUCUAAUAAAGACUGUGACCUGCACCUGCAUCCGCCUCCAGUUCCGUCUCGUAACACUGCCGUUAUAGACAAUUUAUUUUUCUAUAACUUUCUGACCAAUCAGAAUCAAGAAUUCAACAGCGGUGUGGUAUAAAAUAUUUAUAAUACCUUAAUGUCUCUGCUUAUUAUUUGGUCGCUCAUCAUAAAGCAUGUUAUUCAGUAAGCACUAUGAGUGGUUCAUUAACUGCUAUAAAAGUAACCGAAAAUUGAUGUAGUUUAAGUCUGGAACGACUAAGGUGUUAAAGAUCAAACUGAAUUUCUCAGUUAAAAAACAAAGCAAACUUCUGUUAAAAAUGAGUCAGUUGAUUUAGAAAAGGUGUAAUUGUGGGUUUUCAGGAAAGUAACGCUUUAAAAAUGAUUGAAUAUACACGCAAACAUUUAUUCAUUUGGCAGACGCUUUUGAUCCAAAGUGCUUUACAAAUGAGAAUCCAACAAACAGUCCAUCAAACAAUAAAUAAGAAAAAUGAAGUAUAAUAACUGUGCCAUGUUGCACAGUAGCUAUUCCAGGGAAAGAAUAGAAUGAAAAUGUGCAUGUGCAUAAGCGUGGGUUUGAGUAUGACUAAAUCACACAUCAUUUUGAGAGAAGCGAGUGUCAAAAAAAGAAAAAGCAGAGGUGUUUUGGGGGAGAAAAAAAUGUCACAUGCUGCAGCAAUGACUGUAAAUGUACAUAAAGAGAGUGUGGGUUGUUAUGCUGAACAAAGUCUGGCACUGCCCAAGAGAUGAGCUAGGCAUGUUAGACAUGAAGGACAAUUCUAAGGGUUUAGAGAUGAAAGAUAAAGAAAGAGGUAGGUGUGAGAAAUAGAAGAGGGCCAUUUCCUUUCUCAGCAAAGUUUCACUUCCUUUUGCAGAUCUCUUGCAGUUGCACAGUUAUGAAUGUCACAUGAUAUACACUCUGUUAUUGUUGGUUAUAUUACAGAAAACAUUGCAAUACUGUGCUAUCUACACACUGUGUUGUAACUUCUGACUAUAGUGAUUGUAGCCUCAUGUUUCAGUACUGUUUGUAAUGUGAUAUGAUUUAUUUCCGCUCACAAAUUGGAGGUGUAUAUCAACAACAUCACAUGAGGGUACACACCGCAGGGAGAGAGGGGAAGUAUACAAGGGGAUUUAAAAAAGAGAAAAAACGAAGAAGAAGAAUGCAGAAGUCCAAUUCUGACUGAGGCUUGAUUGACAGCUGGCUUGGUGGGAAAGAGACCUUGAGAGAAAGAUAGCGUCAGGGAAAGCGCUAUCGCCUUUCGUCUCGUCUUUCACAACAUGGCUUCCACACACACCCACACAAUGACUGGAGUUGCCUUUUUGUUCUUCAGCGAUGGCCAGUUUAAAGCCUUCAGUGUCCUCUUGUAGCAGCAUCAGUCCUUGGAGCUGUGGAAGAAACCAUUCAAGAGGCUAUUUUUAGAGAAAGAACGGCUCGUAGAACUUUUUCAUGUCUGUUCAUGAGCCCAGAGGCCAUGGCACGGCCCUUGCUGAAGAUCCAGCGCUAUUUCCGCCGCAAGCCUGUGCGCUUCUUCUCCUUCAUCCUCCUCUACCUCACAGCCGGCAGUCUUGUCUUCCUCCACUCGGGCUUCUCGGCAGAUUCGGGUUCCGGCGGUGGACACGGCCCACUAGCGUCAGUUAUGGGGCGCAUGGCUACGUCCGCCGAGGGCUUGGGCAACGUCAGGAGGGCAUUUAAGGACACGCAAACCACACGAAGGUUCGGGCUCACCUGGACGAAAGCAAGAAUCAACAAAGAACCCGAGGAGGGCAGAGCAAAGUACAUUGGCUGCUAUGUAGACGACACACACAAGAGGGCGCUCAGAGGCAUUUCCUUCUUCGACUACAAAAAGAUGACUGUCUUCCGCUGUCAGGACAACUGUGCUGAGAGGGGCUACUUGUACUCUGGCCUGGAGUUUGGAGCGGAGUGUUACUGCGGCCACAGGAUCCAGGCGGCGAACGUGUCGGACAACGAGUGUAACAUGCCGUGUAAGGGUGAGAAAAGCAAGCUGUGUGGAGCAGCCAACCGCCUGUCCAUCUACAGACUAGAAUUGAGCCAGGAGUCAGCACGGAGAUAUGGGAGUGCCAUCUUUAAAGGCUGUUUCAGGAGACCGGACAACAUCACACUAGCACUUCCUGCUGCUGCUGUCAUUCAGAACAUGUCCGUGGAGAAGUGUGUUGACAUGUGCACAGAGAAGGAGUUUUCUCUGGCUGCUUUGGCUGGGAUUAAAUGCCACUGUGGUUUCCCCACCACCCUCUUCACCCUACACGAGCCUGAGGAAGAGGAUUUGUGCCUUAAUCGCUGUGCAGCCGAGGACUUCGAGAGCUGUGGCAAUGACGACUACUUUAUAGUUUACCAAACACAAGUGCAAGACAAUCGAUGUAUGGACCGGCGGUUCCUGCCCACACGUUCGAAAAAGCUGACAGCUUUAGCAAGCUUCCCUGGAGCUGGAAAUACAUGGGCUCGCCACCUCAUCGAGUUGGCCACUGGAUAUUACACAGGGAGUUACUACUUUGAUGGUUCACUAUACAACAAGGGUUUUAAAGGAGAGAGGGACCACUGGCGUAGUGGCAGGACAAUUUGCAUAAAGACACACGAGAGUGGCAAGAAAGAAAUCGAGGCCUUCGACUCCAGCUUCCUGAUGAUUCGCAACCCCUACAAGGCCCUCAUGGCUGAAUUCAACCGGAAGUAUGGCGGCCAUAUCGGAUUCGCUUCUCAGGCCCACUGGAAAGGAAAAGAAUGGCCUGAGUUCGUAAAGAACUAUGCACCGUGGUGGGCAUCACAUACACUCGACUGGCUCCAGUAUGGUAAAAACGUACACCUUGUGCACUUCGAGGAGCUGAAGCUUGACCUUUUCACUCAGCUGAAGCGCAUGGUUCUCUUCUUGGGCCUUGACGUAUCAGAGGAUCGGCUGUUGUGCGUCGUGGCACAAAAAGAUGGCAACUUCAAGCGCUCGGGCCUCAGAAAGCUCGAGUAUGAUCCGUACACACCGGAGAUGCGGGAAAAGAUUGACAGCCUCAUACGCAGCGUGGAUGUUGUGCUGAAACUGAGGAACCUUUCAGGGAUUCCAGAUGAUUAUAGACCAAGAUGAUACAACCUCACACUCUUUGUUUAUCCGCUUGUUUUUGUUCCUAUAGUAUUUUUGGGUUGGUGUUUUUUUUCUUCCCGAUGAAAAAAACCCCCACAGUUUCCUUAUUUUUUGUGGCUCAACCAAAAAAAAUACCUUUAAGAAGGAGGAACACUAAGAACAAUAAACCAGCACUUUGAGUUAGCAGAUACAGAAGGAUGAAAAGUUCCUAAAAGUCACAUGACAUGCUGAUGGUAAAGCAAGACAAUCUGGUAACUACAGACAGCCUACUAUGAUGGCUGUUGUGGGUGAAGCACUUUUUUAUGUGCUGUCUCCUCUGUGUGUGUGUGUGUGUGUGUGUGUGUGUGUGUGUGUGUGUGUGUGUGUGUGUGUGGUCAUGGAGACAUGCUGUAUUGAUGCACAGUUUACUGGCCGGACCAACAUUAUGGCACUAGGUGGAGUAAUGACAUGUGCAGCUGAGUCUAAGCCUGAUGUCAUAACCUGAUAGUUUUAUGGCUUCAUUCUGUUUUAGCUGCAAUUCUGCAAAGAGAAACAUAGUAGAGUAGACAAUGAACAGAAAUAUGAGGCUUUUUUUGUUGAACAUUUUUGUAAGGAAAAUUUUCUUGCCACGAAUUUCCAGUUUGCAAGAUGAAUGAAGGCAUAAACAAACAAAUAAACAAUAUGUAGUUAAUACACUUCUCAUCAAAGCUGGGGUAUGAAAAAUUGCACGAGAUCUCGAAAGUACAGAGCAAGAUGCUAAAAGCAAGUUUUCAAUAAUAAGAAUGACAAAGUCACCUUGUUUUCCUCAAUACAAACCUGGUUAGCCUUUAAUAUCAAAGCUGGGGAAAGAAAGAAAAAAUGCGGAUUUAUAGAUAACUCAAGAUAAAUAAAGCUUUUGACGGGCAGCAUACAUUAUCCUAAACAUAGAUUAGGAUUAGGAUUAAAGUGGAAUAUGAUCUCAUCUCAGUCAUGUUUAAGUUCCUGUGGUCACAGUGGACUAAUUCUAACUCGUUCAUGGCCACAAAACAGAUGAUAAACUCAGCGUUUUGGACCCUACCGUAGCUACACAGUGAUCAUUACUGUAUUUUAACACUGUAUUAUUGUGUUUAUGCAAAAAGCGAUGAAUUAUAGGUGUAGAAUAAGAAUCUUGUAUAGAGACAUGGCAGAAGCUUUUAAACAAAUGCUACCUAUAACAAAUGCCCUAAUAACGCAACUUCCUCUCUACGUUCUAUUUCAAGACUCUCUCUCUCUCUCUCUCUCUCUCUCUCUCUCUCUCUCUCUCUCUCUCUCUCUCGCUCUCUCAGAAAGCUCUUUGUUUUUUGAACAACAUUAUGAACUGCGACUGUGGGAGUUGUUUUCUUUGGAAAGAA